CCCCAUACAGAGGUUCAGUUCCGCCCUUACCGCACGGACGACUUCAUCACCCGGCUUUACUACGAGACCCAAAGGCUGACGGUCCUCAACCAGACCUGGGUGCUGAAGGCUCGAGUCAACGACUCCGAACGCAACCCCAACCUCUCCUGCAAGCGCACCCUCUCCUUCCAGCUCAUCCUCAAGAGCAAAGUCAGCUCCCCCCUCGAAUGCUCCUUCCUCCUCCUCGAGGGUCCUUACGACGACGUCCAGAUCAACCCGGUCAUCUACCACUUCGUGUUCACCAACGAGAGCAACGAGACCGACUACGUCCCGCUGCCCAUCGUCGACUCGGUGGAGUGCAACAAACUGCUGGCGGCCAAAAACAUCAACCUGCGCCUCUUCCUCUUCCAGAGACAGAAGUGAGGCGCCCGCCGUGGCCCCCCACCCUUCCUCCAGCCUCCCAUCUUCACCUGUCCCCCAACCCGCUCUGGAGAGGUUGGGGAUCCCCCCCUUUCCCCCACCCCUCCUCCCACCCGGGUGACGUUCUGGGGGAUCUCGGUGGUGGUUAUGGAGUGGUUGGAGGACCCCUGGUGUGACUUUGGAGGACCUUGGCGAUGCUUUGGAGGACCCCGGUGUGACCUUGGAGGACCGCGGUGACACCUUGGGGCACCCCGGUGGCGUUUCUGGAGAGGUUGGGGACCCCGGUGACACCUUGGAGGACCCCGGUGACACCUUGGAGGACCCCGGUGACACCUUGGGGGACCCCAAUGAUGUUUCUGGAGAGGUUGGGGACCCCCCCCGGUGACGUUCUGGGGGAUCUCGGUGGUUAUGGAGUGGUUGGAGGACCGCUGGUGUGACUUUGGAGGACCUUGGCGAUGCCUUGGAGGACCCCGGUGUGACCUUGGAGGACUCGCUGUGACCUUGGGGGACCCCAGUGACGUUUCUGGAGAGGUUGGGGACCCCCCCGGUGAUGUUUUGGGAGAUCUUGGUGGUGGUUGUGGAGCGGUUGGAGGACCCAGGUGACACCUUGGGGGACCCUGGUGGUUAUGGAGUGGUUGGAGGAUCCCGGUGUGAACUUGGAGGACCUUGAUGAUGCUUUGGAGGAUCCUGGUGUGAUCUUGGAGGACCGUGGUGUGACACCCUGGGGGACCCUGGUGGUGGUUAUGGAGUGGUUGGAAGACCCCUGGUGUGACCCUGGGGGGAUCCCAGUGAUGUUUCUGGAGAGGUUGGGGACCCCUGGUGACACCUUGGGGACCCUGGUGUGACCUUGGAAGACCCCAGUGACACCUUG